AUGCAGCUCACGACGUCAACGUUGGCUUCGGCGGCUUUGUUCCUCAGCUGCAGUGUUGCGGCACAAGGCGAUGCUCAGACACCUCUCGUCGGCCCCGCCCGGGAUGCCAUAUCGCCGUCUUCACGGCCAAACAUUGUCUUCGUCUUGACCGAUGAUCAGGACCUGCACAUGAACUCUUUGGAGUACAUCCCGCUGAUUCAGAAACGGCUUAUUGAAGAAGGGACAUUGUACAAGAAACAUUUCUGCACGACGGCAGUUUGCUGCCCGUCGCGUGCGAGUUUGUGGACUGGCAAAUUGGCUCAUAACACCAACGUCACCGACCUCAACCCACCAUACGGUGGUUUCCCCAUUUUUGUGAAAAAUGGCCACAAUGAGAACUAUCUCCCCAUUUGGCUACAAAAGGCCGGAUACAGCACCUAUUACACGGGUAAAAUGUUCAAUGCCCAUACUGUUUGGAACUAUGACAGCCCGCACUUGAAGGGCUGGAACUCCUCUGAUUUCCUCCUGGACCCUAACACCUAUGACUACUACAACGCCACCUUCCAGCGUGACCAUGAGAAGCCGGUCAACCAUCUCGGCGAGUACUCGACGGAUCUAGUCGCCGAGAAGGCCUACGGGUUCCUGGAUGAAGCUGUAGAUGCCGGCAAGCCCUUCUUCCUUGGCAUUGCUCCCAUCGCACCUCACAGCAAUGUCAACUCCAGUAUCCUUCUCCCAAUCAAGGGCCCAGACGACGAUGUGCCCGUCUCUGAUGACAAGUUCAGGGUCAGCAUCCCGUUAGCUGCUAAGAGGCAUGAGCACCUCUUUGAGGAUGCCAAGGUUCCGAGAACAGAAAACUUUAACCCUGACAAGCCUUCGGGCGCCGACUGGGUUCGUCGCCAGCCCAAGCUCACGGAUGAGAACGUGGCAUACAACGAUAAGCACUAUCAAGGACGUCUACGUGCCCUACAAGCAGUCGAUGAGCUUGUCGACGGUCUCGUGGAGAGAUUGGAAAAGCAUGGCAUCCUGGACAACACCUACAUCUUCUACACGACGGACAACGGCUACCACAUUAGCCAGCACCGACUGCAGCCCGGCAAGGAGUGUGGAUACGAGGAAGAUAUCAAUAUUCCACUGAUCGUUCGUGGACCUGGUGUUCCCAAGGGAGGCGUGACUGAAGCCGUAACGGCCCACGUUGACCUCGUUCCCACCAUCCUGUCGCUCGCGGGUGCCCCGUUGAGAGCCGACUUUGAUGGAGCCCCGAUCCCGCUCUCGACAAAGGACUUGACGGAGUCCUCCUUGACUCGCGAGCACGUUAAUGUUGAGUACUGGGGCUGGGCAAUCACUGAGAGCAAGUUCGGCUUCAAUGGCGAUGACACGAAGCGCAUCUUCAACAACACGUACAAGGCGCUGAGGGUUGUUGGGGAGGGCUACAACCUCUACUACUCUGUUUGGUGCACUAACGAGCAUGAGCUGUAUGAUAUGACCACGGACCCCGGCCAGCUUCGCAACCUCUUGCACGCCGACGAGGCCGCCCUUGCUGCAGGCGCAACCAUUCUCGGCUACCCUCUGAAGAAGGUCCUACCCAGACUCGACUCCCUACUCUUCGUUCUCAAGUCUUGCAAGGGCACGACAUGCUCGCAGCCAUGGAAGGCAUUACACCCUACAGGAAACGUCGGCAGUCUACUCGAAGCCCUCGCACCGCGCUUUGACGAGUUCUACACUCAGCAGACGCGUGUGCAGUUUGAUCACUGCGAGCUGGGUCACAUUGUCGAGGCCGAAGGGCCGCAGUUUGAGCAUGAUGGAGCUGUGUACUGGAAGGGAUCCAAGUGGAGCGACUGGACUUGA